ACAGCUGAGAGACGUUGGGACCAUCAUGGCUCAAAAAAGCAAAUUACCUGCUCUAGCUCUGCGCUCCAACACGGGCGUCGAAGUCUGGAAUGCUUCAAAUACCGACAAAAGCUACGUAGCAGAUCCCGCAUUUGCUCGUGACGAAAGUAAAAAUUGCCGAGCUCUUGUGUUUAGUCAUGAUGGUAAAUACCUUGCCUGGGCAAACGGUACAAAGGUUCAUAUUGCGACGCCGCACGAUAAUUGGCGCAUAAUUGCGUCGCUACCUCGUCCAAAGGCCUUUUACUUGAAGUUUUCGCCGCGAGGCACGUACUUGAUGACAUGGGAAAUCUUCACGACGUCACCCGCCAAUCCCGAGGGCGCACCAAAUUUGUACUUUUACGAGACAACGACGGGCAACGAGGCGUUCUCGUGCGUGCAAAAGCGCCAAAUUGACUGGGAACCGCAUUGGAGCAGUGACGAAUCACUCGUGGCACUCAUGUGCGGCGGCGAAGUGUUAUUUUACGAGUUACAGCCCGACAGCGAGGGCCUCAGCAAGCCAGCAAAGCGCCUUGGAGGCGGACGAAAUGGCGGCGCCGUAUCCUUAUCUCCCGGAAAUAGUCCGCACAUUGGUUUCUAUGUUCCAGGAGUCAAAGGGGCGCCGUCGAUGUGCAAGUUGUUCAAGUAUCCGAACAUUGAGGCGUCACAACCGGUGGCACAAAAGAGUUUUUUCCAAGCCGACAACGUUCAAAUGAUCUGGAAUAGCAAAGGCACGGGUUUAUUGCUUCUUACGUCGACCGAUGUCGACAACACGGGAGUUUCUUAUUAUGGGAAGCAAGCGUUGCACUUUAUUAACACGAAAGGCGACUCGUUUUCCGUGCAACUUAAUGUCGAAGGCCCGAUCCAUUCUGUCGCUUGGAGCCCACGUGCAACGGAAUUUUGUGUCGUUUAUGGUUACAUGCCAUCCAAGGCAACUCUCUUCAAUCUGAAAUGUGAUCAAAUUUUUGACUUUGGCACUGGUCCCAGAAAUGCCGUUCAUUUCAACUCUUUCGGAAAUCUCGUCUUAUUCGGCGGUUUCGGCAACUUGCGCGGACAAAUCGAAGUUUGGGACAUGGACCAAAAGAAGCAAGUUUCGACGUCUUCCGCUCCCGAUACCACGCAACUCGAAUGGAGUCCCGCCGGAGAUAUUUACGUCACCGCAACAUGCGCCCCUCGCUUGCGUAUCGGCAACGGAUUCAAGAUCUGGCACUACUCGGGAGCCCUUUUGCAUGAAACUUUGUGGCCCGAAAAGCAAGAAUUGUGGGAAGUUGCAUGGCAAAACUUUCCCGAAGACACUUUUGCGCAACCCGUCAUCACCGACGAAAAGAUCGAGGGCAUCCAAUCGAGUACGCCGCAAGCAAGCAAGGCAAAAUACGUUCCGCCAAGUCUCCGUAACUUGCCUCCGGGCACGGAUCUCGACGAGAAAUACAUUCCCGGACUGCCAGCAGGCUACAAAUCAUCGCCAAAUGGUGCUUCCACGAAUGGCAGAACGCCAACUGGCACGAAAAAUUUCCGAAAUAACAACCAACAACGACGCCCGAAUCGCAAAUCCGAAGGAAAAGACGGGGAAACUCCCAAAAAAGAGAACAAACCGCAACGUCCUUUCACCGCGGGAGGCGAACGUACCCCGAAAAAUGGGCGUCAAAUGAAACAACGACCUGAAACUGCCGUCAUAACAAAUGGUCAUUCCGAAAAUGAUGCUCCUCCGGUAAAAGCAACGCCAGAAAAGGUAGAAAAAGAUCCAAAAAUGGCGAAAAUCCACAAAAAAUUGCGCGAAAUUCGCAUUUUGAAGGAUAAACAAGAGAAAGGCGAUAAGCUGGAUGGAAAUCAGAAACAAAAGUUGGAAUCGGAACUUCAACUCGUGCAGGAAUUAAGUGCACUCAAACUAGCUUAUAAGACGGAGAAGCAGAACAAAGCAAAGGUUCUACCACUUCCACAAACAGAACAAUAAAAUUCCCUCAUUUUCUUCCUGCGGUCGGCAUUUACUCAGCGCCAAGACGAAAAUUUUACUCUAGUUUAAUGUAGUUUAAUUUUUUUUUUAAAUAUAACGAAUUACUACGCUACAUCCAUUCACAGACACCAUACAUUACAUUAAAAAAAACAUAGACUGGAAAAAAUUCAAAAUUCAACUCCUAUUUUUAUUUAGUCAGUCAUCGUGAAACAUCGAAAAGACGAUGCCCUUUAUAUACCUUUGAAAAAAAAAAUAAUAAAAAUAAAUAAA